UAACAGCCUUUUUCUGUACUUUAGUUAUGCUCUUAUGAUUACAUUUGAUGAAAGUUAGCCAUUGGAACUGUUAAAAUUUUAAAAAUUCAUUUGUGGUAUUGUCAUAUGAGAUAUUAUUAGUUUUGAAACAUCAGUUGUGUAAACAAGGAUUUGAGUAGGAAAGUUUUACUGUACUUUUAAACCUACUCAGAAAUGAUACAAACAGUUUUUUCAAAUUCUUUAGACUGGGUCAACCAACAACAACAGCAGCGAUUUGAUUUUUGCCAUGGACGAGAUGAAUGCAAGACGGAUCGUCCUUUUAGGAAAAACUGGAGCUGGGAAGAGCAGCCUUGCUAACAGCAUUUUUGGAGAGGACGUGUUCAAGAUAAGCCACUGUUCCACCUCCGAAAAAAGUCUAUCACGAGCAGAAACCAAGUAUGUGAAUGGAAAAAGCCUCAUGUUGAUCGACACUUGUAGCUUUUUAGACACAUGUGGGUCCGAAGUUUUACUCAACACUGAGUUGUUGAGGUGUAUCACAGAGUGCGCUCCUGGGCCUCAUGCUUUUCUCAUUGUGCUGAAAGUGGAGAAAUUCACCGAGCACGAGCAGGACGUCAUCAGACAAAUAUGCCGGCACUUCUCUGAAGAUGCUCUGAAACAUGCAGCGGUUGUCUUCACUCAUGGUGACCAGCUCCCUGAGGGGACGGAGAUCCAGGAGUUUGUCAGUCAGAACAAGGCACUGGGUGAUGUGGUGGGAAAAUGUGGAGGCCGUUGCCACGUCGUGGACAAUAAAUACUGGAGGAACAACGGAGACGACGACUACAGGAGCAAUGAGUUCCACGUGGGAAAGAUUCUAAGCACAAUAGAUGAGAUAAUAGAAGUGAACCAAGGGUGCUAUUACAGCAAUGCUAUGCUAAUAGCAGUGAACAGAGAAAUAGAGAUAAAAGAAGAAAACAUCGGACAGUCGUCAGGAUACAAAUCACUUAAUCAGUGCCGAAAGGACGCCAAAACAAGUGUAUUAGCGACAUUAGUGAUCAGAUUAGCAGGGGUUGCAACAGGUGUGCUGUUAGGAGCUUUUCUUGGCGUGACAAAGCUGGUGGUUACAUCUAGCAACACAGAGUUUUCAGAUGCUGCUCAACGUGGAGGAGUAGAGGGUUUUCUCAUAGGACUUAAUGCAGCAGCAGGAGCGGACAAUCCCAUUGAUGCCAUACAGAGGACAGCAGAGGCAGUGAUGAACCCGAACAGCAGAAUUGGUUCAGCACCAGGGGUUGGAGCCAUUAAAGAUCAACCAAAACACCAACAAUAAAAAUAUGAUGACAAGAGGUUAUUAAUAUGAUUUAGUAAGGAACCGCUAUAAUAACGGUUUCCUUUCAUUUAAUAAUUACUGUAAAUAGUGAAUAGAGAUUUCUGAAGGAGAGAGUUCUGAACAUUUCUGUAAUCUACAAGGUAAAAGGAUACCAAAAGAGACAGGUCAGACAUGCUUCAGGAUUUCUAAAGGCCACUGCCAUGUUAUCUAGACUGAUUACACAGCAUCAACCUGUCCAUCAAUGACUGAGAAACUACAGGUCUUCAAGAAAGUGCUGUGGCUUUGGGUCUGUACAUGAUGACUCCUCACAUUGUAAAGAAAUCAUCUCUGAUCAGUGCUUGAAAUGUUUAGACAAAUAGCUUCACCCCUCAGAUGGCACCUUGAUGGUUGCAGCUGUAGUUACUGUGCUGUAUUAACACAUGCAAUGCACAGGCAGGACGGAGAAUCAUUUUCUGUUUGAAAAUCAUAUGGAAAUUGUUUGCUUGUAUUUUACCUGUGAUCUAAAAAUAUUAACAUUUUGUACUUUUCAUGUAUACUGAAUACAGUAUAUGAAACCACAUUGCUUUGUAUAUAUAUGAUUAAAGUGUUUCAUAAAUGAUCAAACAAUGGGUUUGA